GUCAAAACGGCCAUCGUACGUGCCAUCCAAGCGUGCUGCAAGUCGACUUUUAUAAAGAAAAUACUGAAAAAAGGACUCUACGAUUGAUAUGUUCUUUGCCUUUUGCAAGCAAAAUAAAAAAAAAACAUAAAAGUUCAGCUUGCGAAGAAGAUUGUUGAUUUAUUAUUGCAAUUCUUGCAAAUUUAUCAUAGUUACAUGGUUUGUUGUCAUAACUCUGUUAUUUGGUGCUUCAUAUUUUGAAUUACCUACUCAUUUUAAAUAUUUAACGAAGUUGGGGUCUUGUGUAAUAUCCUGAGUGGCUAAUCUUGGUGCUCUUACUGUACCUACCUACCCGUAGUCGCAGUUGCUAAGUACCUAUCUACCUAUUUUAACAAAGAGAACUUGUAGAUGAAAAUUUUAUUGUGUGGAUAGGGGAACGUGAUCAAGGGAUAUUUUUGUAUCUCAGUUUGUGUUAAUAAGUGACAAUGCAAUCAAUGGCAUUCCAUCAUAGAUUCAAAAGAUAGUGGUGCAAAGGACAAUGUGUUGUCAUAUUGACGAAUACGCGUGUGUUUUUGUGUAGUGAAGACAUUUUCAUCGGCACGGAUUAUCUGAAAUAAAUUUAUCAUGGCUGUGAAAAAGCACGAGCUGAUGCAUGACAAUCGCAACCAGCUGGAUCUGACUGCGCUGGCGCAGUACAUACAGUUGAUGAAUGAACAACCCCAUUAUUUGCCACCACCCAGUGAGUUGGCAAAGAAUUGUCAAGAUAUAGUGAAAUGUCUUGCUCGAGCAACUGGAAAUGAGGAGCAGUUAUGGGAGUUGUUGCAACCUAUCGAAGAAUUUAUCGUUCGCAUCGUGAACACUGUACACAGCAGUGUUCGUCAUGAAAUCAUUACGGCGAUCCUCGAUAAAUUCUACUCUUUUAUUUCUGAUCCUCAAUCGGACGCGUGUCCCGCUACAUCCGUGGUGCUGAUCGUGUUAGACAACUCUGACCAAGAAGCGACCCUUGCCGCCGCUCGCUGGCUUGUGCAACAGGGGGAUAACGGGCCCGCCGGGGCUGGUCUCCGUGCCUCUUUAUCCUGCCUCUACCGCUGGAUGUAUGAAUGGAACGGCACACCGGCCCUUGGGGAAUGGGUUUUGGCAUAUAUCAAAGCACUCGAGGAAAACGAGCGUUUCGACAUUCUUAUCGAGGUGUCAGUAGACAAUUUAAGUCGUCUCUUUUCUGCUAUGGAUGACCCGAUAGCUUUACGUCAGUCAGUCGCUGAUGUGAUAUUCCAUAUACUCGCAUCGCUUCGCGAGUCUACUGAGGCCCUUGACAGAAUUGCCCCGCACGUGGGUCGUGUCCUGGUAAAUCUUGCCGCUGAGAGUGGACAGUGGAGCCGGCAGCUGCUGCAGACUGUUGUAGACAUACUGUCAGCAAUGGUCGGUCGAUUAGUAGACUUGCUUAAAGGAGAAGCGCAAGAUAUGUUUAAGGACAAAUAUGCUGACGUUAUCCUGUGCUUGGAACGUCACAUGGCGUCGCUAGAUUGCCACUAUCUCCAAUUGUCACCGUGGCGCGCGCGCAAUGUAUGUUUGACUACCGUUAACACUCACACGCCUAUGCGUAAAGUUGGUCUGUUGAAUUUGGGAAACACGUGCUACAUGAAUAGCAUCCUGCAAGUUCUGCUCGUCACGCGGCAGUUUAGCACCCACGUGAUGUUAAAGAUGAAUGCAGUACCGUAUUGGUCGAAGAUGGGCGUGAUGUUCGCGAAAAUGAUGCACUCCAUCACGUGCAAGCUGAGCCCUGAAGAGUUUUUCAACGUGUUCAAACCUCCUUUCUUCACGAGGGAUACCCAGCAUGACAGCUCCGAGUUCUUGGGGUACUUGUUCGAGUUACUGCAGUCUUAUGAACAUUGCUCGGACCGCAACUUCGACUAUUCCCGACCGGCCGUGUUGGCCGGUACCAGCCGGAUGCGACCCAUAGCCCUAGGCAAUGCGCAGACAUCGCAUUCUUCAAGUGACAGCGAGCAUGGUAGCGGAGAUGCAAGCCCCAACCGCCGCUCCGUGUCGCCGCGACCUGGCAGUAGCGCCGCUGGAUCGAGCUCAGGUGCUCAGAAGCGCCCUUCACAAGAACAAGAAGUACUCUUACCGCCGAAGAAGCGGUUGCGUAUCAACGAAUCCGCUUUCCUCCGUCGUGACUCCUUCAUAGACAGUAUGUUCGGCGGAGUACUGCUUACUCGCGUCGAAUGCACAGAGUGUCAUUCUUCAUCCCUGUCCCGUGACGUUUUCCGUGAUCUCCAACUGGCGUUCCCUGAGAAACCAGAGGGCUGGCAACACAGCGUCCAGAACCUUCUGGAAUUCUACUGCUCCAAGGAAAGCUUGACUGGCGACAACCAAUAUGAGUGCCGCGACUGUGGCGGUUUACGAGAUGCCGAGAGAAGCGUGCUGAUUGAGACCACGCCCAAGUAUCUGAUUCUCGUGCUGAAGAACUUCAAGUUUGAGCCGAAAUUGCAAGUGCAGACGAAAUUGAUGCACUCAAUGUUCCACAACCAUACGGUAACAUUGCCGACUGUACGCUCACAAGCAGAUCACGCGGCUUACUCUCUCUACGCAGCCGUCAUCCAUUCGGGGACGACACUCGAUUCCGGUCAUUACUUCACUUUGGCCAAGGAUAAAGACCAAUGGCACGUUUACAACGAUGACGCGGUAACCGCGACCGAUGAGAACCAAUUCAACGUUCUCAAUCGUUCGAGCACUCCGUACAUACUGUUCUACAGACGCACCGAUUGCGAGGAGGGCACCGCACCCUCAUUGGAGGAGCUGCCUCCCAAACUGCAAGAGUCCGUGAUGGCUCACAACAAACACUUUGUGGACUCGAUUCGCAAAAUGCGGCUCGCGCGUCCAUGACAAUUAAGGUCGGACAAAUACAUCGAUUAUGCGGUGUUGGAAUACGCAGAGUCCGAGUAGGCGACAAUUAGGCUGUUGUUUUUAAAAUGUGACACAAAUAAUCUCAUGGCGAUACAGUAAUGUUAUAAGUUUACUCCUUAUGACAAUUUUAUCUACUUGGUGUUAAUAGUUAUCAAUGAAAUGGAAUACACUCAUUUACAAUUCAAUGAAAUUAUUAUUAUCUAAUGAAUUUCUAUGGCAUGUCUGUCAUAAUCUUAUUUUUUUUAACUCUUAUUUGGUUCAUAAGCACUUUUGACAAAUCGUCUUAUAUCUUAGGAAUUAUUAAAGUUAUAGAAUAGACUAAAUUUAUUUUUCAUGAAUUCUGUUAUAUUGUUUUCUGUUAAAUGUUAUAAAUACCUAUUUUAGUUGUUGACAUUUUCUUAAUUAUAUAUUUUUUCAAAUGUAUAUUUACAUAUUUUAUUUUACUGACGCAUUGAUGAAAACUACGCCUAUAUUUAUUAGUAUAUUCAUUUUAAAUUUGAAACAAAUUUUUAUGUAUUUAUAUAGAAAAUUGAGUUUUAAUAAACUAGUGUUGUGUUGUUUUUUUUUACAAAUUUUGCAAGUUGAAUUAGCCAAAAAUAUGAAAAUUAAAUAUUUUGAUUGAUCUUCUUGUCGUCAUCGUCAAGUUGGCGCGAUUCGAAUGAAAUCACUUAUAAAUGUUUGAGGUAUUAUAAAAUGAUAUACCUUCUACAAGAGCUCAUGAAUUCCAUAAUUUUAAGGAAAUCAUCAACCAUUAUGUGUGUUUUGACUACCAAAAAGGAUGUGUUGAAGCGAGAUUGGUAGUUUGUAACUGUUUGAUUGCCUUUCAUGCAUGACAUACCCUAAUUUUAAACUUUAGGGUUUUUUUUAAUAAAUGGAUUGUUGUUCAAUACUAUUAAAUAUUUUUUACACUAGGUGGAAUAACGUCGAAAUAAAACACAUACCUACACACACAUAAAUUUAGCAGAUUUUUAGUAUUUGGUUUCCGAAAGCACCCUGUGGACAUGGAAUACUAAAAACUACCCACUCAAGAGCGCGAUUACUGCUUUCUGCCACAAUUAACAGUCUUUAGUGUUAUUAGAAGGUACAAUUAAAUGGUAUCUAUAUGGAAUUCAUAUGAAAUGUUUUUUUUCCUGCAAUAAUUUAUUUUACUAUACUAUAUUCUUUAAUAUUUUUGUUUUAUUUUUCUACAUAACCGAUUGAAACAUUAUCACAAAUAUGUACAUUUAUUCUUUAUCUUUUUAUGUUCACAAAUUCAUUUUAACAUGACAACUGCCUUUUUAAAGAAGUAUUUAUUACUUGCGGUGAUUUACGAAUGCUGCAAAUUUAGGUUACUUAAGUAUAUAUAAGAUCUUUUGCCGAUAAGCGUUUAUGAAACAAAGGGCUUUAAAUAUAUAACAACAUUAAGUAUUUCAGAACACGGGUUAAAUGUAUGUAGCGAAAGUAGUUUUGCUGUAAGACUUGAAAUUUGAUUGUACCCAUCCUAAUAGUAGUUCAUCAAUGUUGUUUGACUUGCAUAUUAUUGAUCCUCAAAAAAGGAAGAGAAUAUUUAUAAGUUAUACUACUUGUGUCACUUUUUAAAACAAUCCUGAAACUAUACUUGAAAUUGUUUCAUUUUCGAAACUUUUAUAAAACUUUACUACUACCCAAAAAACUUACAAAAUUUUUCGACUUAUAUGUUUUUACACAAAUUGUUUGAGUUUCAUUUGAAACUUUUAUUAAACAUUGAUAUAUAUAUAUAUAUAUAUACAUACUUAAUAUGUAAUGGGGCUCGUUGGAGACGCACAAAGAAUAGCUCUUGCAAUGUGUGUCUCUUCGUGACGGAAUUAUUAUUAACAUUUUAGGAAUAGAUUGUAAGAAUUUAUUCUUAACUUCGUAUUAAUGUAUUAUAGUUUCUAUUAGCAUUUAAACUGUCCGAUGUAACCAAACCUUUUUGAGAAUUGAGACUUUGACUCGGUGCCUCAUCCGCAAGCGCAUGUAAUCCGUACCAGUGUUAAUUGAAUAGAAUUCAUGUUUCUUGCGCUUGUUAAAAAAAGAAAUAUUGCACAAAAUUAUUUUUAAUAGUAGGUAAGCAAUGAAAAGGAAAAAAUAAAUGCAGAUAUCGCCAUAAACUGAUAUUUUUGUACAAGACGUGGGAUCGGGCUUACUUAACUAUGGGAAGGGAACUUAUAAGGCGAUGCUGGGUAAUGCUAAAGAAUAUUGCAAGCGAUGAUGACCUCUAAGCUUGUAAGUCCAUUUAGAUAUAAAACUAAAUGAACGAAACAGCAAAUUUAUCUUUACUCGGAGUAAAAUUUAUUGGUACCGUAAGAGGGGGGGAGGUGGGCAAUGUUUUUUUGCAUACAGACGUUCUUGACUAAUUCCUCCUUGAUUUUUAUCAGUAAAGAAUUGACUUUCAUACAUAAAAUAUAAUUUAACUCAAUCUAUGUUGCUAUGUCUACCUUGUUUCGGUAACUUGUGUUUCAAAGAAACUAGAAGCCCUCGAAAAGCCCAAAACUUAUUUUUUUUUAUCACCACUAAAGACGUCUGGUGUGGAUAUUUAAUAAACAUUUACAAAAUCUAAACAUAGAGGCAUAUUAAAACUACUUAUUAUACUUUAUGUUAAAUUUAUUUUACGUAUAUCUAAUUUCGAGUAGGAAAUUGUCGAGAGCCAUACCUCAAAUGUUUACAAUUUUAGUACGAAAUUUUCAGCGUUAACACCUGUUUUUCCUAUCGCACGGUAUUUGCCAAAGCGUGACAGUUUUUAAUACCUAUUUCUCCAAUUUCUCUCAGCUCGCAUCCGCUCUUAACUCGGAAGAAGACUAUGUACACUUGUACAGCUCCAUUCUACAAGCAAUUGUAUUUUCACAUAAAGGAUAGCGCAUAUUAUGCCGGGCCACAGCGGGGCGGAGCGGGCAGCAGCACAUCGCAAAAUACUUACUUAGCACAUUAGUGACGGGCCGGGUCGUAGCGCAUUGACAGAUUUUGGGUACAGUGUACCGAGCUACAUUCAAAACCUACGCUCUCAGUGCAACUUUUAAUCCUGACGUAUAAAUUUUGACAUAAAAUGUAUGAGACUUUUCAAAUUGAGAUUGGUCGCUUGCUAUGUCGGAGCGUAGCGGAGCGGGGCGCAUCGCAUCACACGCAAAUAAAGUCCGCGUCGGAUUAUGCUGCCCGCAUCUCCCCGGCAGCGUGCGAUAGUUUAAAUAUACAUAUAAUAAAAUUUUAGGAAAAUCAAAACUGUACAUUGAUAUUUUUUUAAAAGAAUACUUGGGGCGUGAUCUACAAUCGAUACCGAAGCCAAAAAUAUAGUUUUUAGAAUUUUUGUCUGUUUGUCUGUAUGUAUGUCCGGGAUAAACUCAAAAUUUACUGCAUGGAUUUACUUCAAAUUUCGCACGAAUAUUAUUAAAAAGUCGGGUCAACAUAUAGGCUACAUAUUAUCACGAUAUCACCUACGGGGAACGAGCAGUGAACCUUUAUUUCUAACUAACUCCACGCGUACGAAGUCGCGGGCGGCCGCUAGUACAAAAUACAUACGAGCUAUUUGAGCGGAUGUUUGUGCUGCGACCUGACCCGCUGCGGCCCGGCAUAAUGUGUGCUAUCCAUAAGGUGGCACUUUUAUUAAUAGCAAUGGUUAUCAAGGUGGGAGUACUUUUGAUUAGGUUAGUUUUAAAAACAUUGCGGACGAGGCUGGAUUGUACAGACGGCAAAGUCACAGUUUACGAAACUAUUUCUGAACUGGAAUUAUUAAAAUAAAUUCUGAUGGUAUCAAUAGAACGAGUUAAGUAUUGGGAAGUUCUUUAAGGUUCUUAAAGGUUAAUAAUAGACCAGUGAAUUACUGUUGUAAUACGUGUCAAAUAUGGUGUUAUAAUGUAGUACUUGUGUCAAAGACGUGAGUCGACAACAACGACACCGGCUCGUAAAUUAAUUUAGUUUGAUUAGUACAGUAUAUAAUUAUAAUAAUGCAAAAUAUUAUUUGUAUGAUUUAUUUUUGUUUCGUGUAAAUAUGAAGAUCUCUUAGAGAUUUAAAUUUAUGCGAGCACUUUUAUUGAUGCCACUCUUCAUUGAUAAUAAUGAUGUGAGGUUGUGUUCAUACCAGGUUGUAAACGAUACCAAUUUGGUAUUUCGGUGUUCCUUGAUUCUUUAUUGUCGUUUUAGAUAUUUCGAUGAGAGUGCUCUGCAUAUGUAAUAGUUUUAAUAUGUACAUUUUAUUUAUGACAUUAUUUAGUGAUAAGAAUGCUACAAUCAUUCACGGGUGGUUUAAAACUAUCUUGGAUUGAUUAAGUUAUAUAUUAUUAUAAUUUAUUGAUAUAUUCUCUCGAUAGUGAUUUUAGGGCAACGUCUCUAUAUUGUUAUCCAUCGAAAAAUCUGUCAUUCACAAUAAAUGAAGUGCGAGUUGAUUUCAUUGCAAUCGAGAAUUUUAAAAGGAAACACACGUUUAAAAAGUUUAAUAUUUUUUUAGGACGGAUUUUCAAUGCCUAUAUUAUUUUCAGUGUAAUCUGAACUGAGAAGCAUUUUGCGAAACUUUUUGUAGUCGUUUUCAGCGUUAAAAUUAUCUCUAUACAUAUCUCAGUAAACAGUUUUUAUUGCCAUUAGUAGAACUUAGAGCACCCACAGUAGCAUCUUUCUCGCGUUAUCGUCGUGCCAGCAUCCGCGCACCGUUGACGCGACGCCAGUGCUGGUACUUGCUCGCAAAAAAAAAAACUGCCGACGCGAGCCAGUGCUGCCCGGGGUUCGGCAGUAGGGAUGCCAGAUGCUGACUUAUUAAUUCCGGGAUAUUAGCCCCUUGAAAAAAUAAAGCAUUAAAUCAACCCCCCCCCCCAUCACCCCCCAGAAUUAAAACAUCAAGCAGGCCAGCGGGUCAUUCGUUAUUAGUUUAUUUUGUUACGAAACUAGCAAAUUAUCGGAAUCCGGGACAAUAAGGUCUAAUUAAUGGACACUGAACAAGACGCAAAAUUCCUGAACAAUCCCGGAUUUCCCGGCCAUCUGGCAAGCCUAUUCAGCAGCCGGUUAGCGAUAGCGUCGCUUCGACGUUGAGCGGACACUGGUACGACGCUUGAAAGACGCUUGUGUGUGGGGUGUUAGUUUUAUUUUCUUUGUGUCCACGGUAUUCCCCGUCAAAAUGUUUUUUUUUUCAGAAAAAGAAAAUAGUUGAAUAUCUUUUGUGGUACUUGUUACUGUCGACGAUACAACCAAGGACUCGGACGUAGUCCAUGUCUAUAUUUAUGUACCCAAUUAUAUAUUUGUUCUCAUCUGUUACCGUUUUUGUAAAUAUUUCGAAGCAAUUAAAUAAUAAGGUACUAGAUAUUCAGUCAUUAAACUCAUGAAUAACAAUAAUGUAAGUAGGUAUCAGUCAAAGUUCUGGGGCCUAAAUAUUGCCCCGUUUAUAUAAUUAUGUAACACUUUGAUUUAUAAUAUUUAGAUGAAACAAAAUAUGUAAAAUCGGUUUUGUUUGAAAAGAAAUAAAUAAAUCUCAAAUCUUA